AUUUAUUAAAGUCCCAGCAGAGAGGCACCUGAUCUUAUGGAUGGUGAAACAAAAAGUAGCGGGCAGUUACUCAAGGCCUCUGUUAGAAGAGUUUGCAAAACAGUGGGUUUGGGUAAAUGUUUUAGGUUAUAAACCACCAGUUUGACUUCUCAGACUUUCUGCCUUUACUGUUUCUAACACGUCAUCAGCUGUGCCAAAGAAUGUGUGAACAAGGGUGACAGCAGAUAGACAUGUUACGCCACUGUUGGCCCAUGUUACUUACUGAAUCUACUGUAAAUGUGUUUAAAUCAGAUUUCUUUUCGACAUGAUUCAACAUAAGUACCGUAGAUGGGGUUUAUUUUCAACAUAAAGGUCAAAAGCAUGAAAGCUUUUGGCCUAAAUAGGACAAGUUCUACAGUAGGUUAUAAUAAAAACGGAAGCCAUGUAAAAUACUAAUCAGACAAUUCUCAUUCAAUACUAGUCCCACUGAUAUUUACAUGUGGAAAACAUUUGUGGUACCUAGAGAAUCAAUCCAUUACAGUAAUGACUCCAGUGUUGAGUAUGUAUGCACAGAUUUAGUAUGUUCAACUGUAAAGCUUCACCCUGAAAACCAUUAAUCUGAUCCAUUAUAACCAAGAUCUUAUUGUGCCAAUUCUACUUAGCAUUGAAAUGAAUGGUACAUUUGUAAUUAUAAAUUCUGACAUUCACCUUUCUUCUGUCCUAUCAUGUACUCAUACUCCCUAAAAAGGCUUGUGUGUCUAUCACAAGCAGCAGAAUGAGUUGAAGAAUCUAAUAUGAUGUUAAUGGAACCAGCAUCCUCUUCAGGGAGAGGGGAAAUAGGACGGUUUUGACAUAAUACAUCAGUCUGCAUGAACAUCUAAAGCACCGUCAUAAUGCCAUCUCUGGUGAUGUGGGAGCAGAGUCCUCAACGUUUGGGAGUGGAGGUGUUAAAGACCAAUUAAAGACUGGCAGCAGACUGUUGGUGGACAAGGGGACAACAGAGAGUAUAGGCUGGAGGCAGCAUGAGGCCACGGAAGAGGAAGUGGUGAUAAAGGUGCGUUCAGCUGAAAUGGUUCCAGUGAGAACAGAUGUGGUAGAUCAGUAAUGCCACAGAAGAGGCAGGCGGAGACCAACUCGCUGGUGGUUCAUGAAGUGACUGAAGAUGAGCAGGACUACACUGACUUGAACUGAUUGAAUCUAAACUUCCUCUUGGCAUGAAACCUGGUUUAAAGUUCCUAGCCUUGAAUCCUGGUCAUCCUUGAUGCUGUGCCCAGUAAACCAGAAGAAUCUUGGUGAGACACAAAUCGAGGCUUCAAUGAUGACGGCUUUUGUGGUUGUGAUUUGGUGCCAUUUAGAUCUAAUGGGACAGUUUCCCUACCUGAAGCCAAGUGUAUCAGUACUCUGAGACGGAACCGACAAGGAAACAAAGGAUCCCCAUGUGGACUAGUUUAAUCAAUUUUCUCCCAGCGAAGAUAUGAACAUAAUAAUAAUAAUAAUAAUAAUAAUAAUAAGUAAGAGUUCAUGAAUUUUCCAAAAUCACUGGUGAAGCUGAAGGACAAUGAAUUUCAUUUUCAUACUUCACUUACUGUUACAGUUACAAAGAACCUGAAUACGAUGAUAUCACUUCAUCCAGGCUGAAGCAUCAUUAUUAUUAUUUCUGAUUAAAAAUCAAUAAAGUUACAGACGCACAUGUGCUGUCCUCCAUUCACAUAUAUAUAAAGCAUAUAAUAUUCAAAAACUAGGAGGUUUAUAUAUUUACUGACAUCAUGGGACGUAAAAGUGAACCCAAACCACUAAUGGCAUUGUAAUCAGUUGACCAUCAUGAGUUUUGUCCACUAGGGGCCUAAAGGAACAAAUGAAGCCUCAUGAGGCUGGGAUAAGCAGCUUUAGUGCUUCACACUGGCUGAGGAUCACCUUGAAUCUGGAACCAGAGCCUGGAUGCAUGUAGAGGUGCAUGUGGACAGAAACAGAUCUCAGAUCAGAAACAAACACGUCUGAAGUGGACCUGAUGUCAGGAGCUUAACACAAAAAUCCUAAAGUGUUUGUAACUGGGCGGCACGGUGGUGCGGUGGGUAGCAGUGUCGCCUCACAGCAAGAAGGUUCUGGGUUUGAUUCCCGGAGGCGGCCCUGGUGCCUUUCUGUGUGGAGUUUGCACGCUCUCCCCGUGUCUCCGGGUUCUCCGGCUUCCUCUCACAGUCCAAAGACGUGCAUUAGGUUGAUUGGCUUCUCUCCAUUGCCCGUAGGUGUGAGUGUGUGAGUGAAUGGUUGUCUGUCUGUCUAUGUUUUGCCCUGCGAUGGACUGGUGACCCGUCCAGGGUGUACCCUGCCUCUCGCCCAUAGUCAGCUGGGUGACCCCCGUGACCCCGCAUUAGGGAAUAAGCGGUUUAGAAAAUGGAUGGAUGUUUGUAACUGAAAAAAAGUGCCAGUGAAGAUUAUGUCAAUAAUGCUCCUCAUUACUGCCUUCAGGGGUAACACAGGGCCAGCUCGCUAAUUCUGAGAAAGCACCAUGGCAGCUCUUUAAUCCACAGUUAUUCACAGUAAAUGCAGGUUCAGACAAAUCAGCAUUGAUCUGUGGUUUCAUCUGCACCUACUCCAUCAAAUUGGCUUGACCUAUAGCUUCUGGCAUCAUGAGAGAGUGCACGUCCUCGCCUCGGAGAGUAUAAAUACAGACGGAGGAAGAUCCCCCUCAUCCGCUCUGGACAGGACGACAGACACCAUGAAAGGUUCGAGGACUCUCACAGUGACGUACGUGCUCGCCCUGCUGAUCGUGUCAUCGUUCAUUUCACAGUCGUGGAGCGCACCCAAGGGCUCUUUCCAGCGGAGGAACUGGACCCCGCAGGCCAUGCUGUACCUCAAGGGCACUCAGGGACGUAGGUUCGUGUCAGAGGACCGGAAGGAAGGCGAUGUCUAUGACACGUUACACCUAGAGACUCGCAGUCAGAACACAGAGAAGAUGAGUGUGGACCAGGCGGCCAGCGUCCUGCUCAACUUCCUGCAGCAGGCCAGAGACAGGGAUGAAGCCCCUGACGAGGUGUAUUUCCAGGAGCUCCCCGUGUGGAAGAGGGAAUACUUCUGAUCAUCUAUCUUUUGUAGUCACUGUCUUUGUUUCCAAAUGUCAGCGCCUCCGUUUCUGAGGGAACAGCUGUUGUGUAAAAAUUCAUUUUGUGUCAAAUUUUAAUAAAACUGACUUCAUAGCAACA